AUGGAGGUUCCGAAAAGCAUUCUGGACCAGGUCCUCCCUCAAGCCACGGCCUUCUGGGCUCACAUCGUGGCCACUUACUCGCCCCAGAAAAUCGAGUUCGUGGGCACCCUUCUCGUCCAAUUCCUCACCUUCUGGCUACCAUCCAUAUGCUACAUGCUCCUGGAUGUGCUAGCGCCUUCUUUUUCCCAACGCCACAAAAUUCAACCCGCACCUAAACAGCCACACCGUCGCGAGGUCGCCGACUGCUUUCUAGUUGUGCUACAGAACCAGAUCCUCUCAUCUGUCCUUCAUCUGACAUUGCUGUCUGCAGCCAGCCAUGCUGGCAUUAAUUCAACAUACCGCAUCGAGUCCUCCCUACCAGCACCAGUCGAGAUUCUCCGGGACGUCUUCUUCAGCCUGUUGAUGCGCGAGGCUCUAUUCUACUACAGUCACCGAAUUCUGCAUAUACCCGCCCUCUACAUUCGCAUCCACAAGAAACAUCACCGGUUCACUGCUCCGAUUGCGCUGGCUGCUCAAUUCGCUCACCCGAUUGAGCACAUCUUCGCUAAUACAUUGCCGAUCUCUCUGCCGCCACAGUUGUUAGGGAGUCACGUUUUGACUUUUUGGGUGUUCUUGGCUUAUGAGCUGGUGAAUACGGCCACGGUUCAUAGCGGGUACGAUUUCUUUUGUCACAAGGCUAAGAUGCAUGACCUUCAUCAUGAAAAGUUCAAUUUGAAUUAUGGAUCGUUGGGGUUAUUGGAUUGGGUGCAUGGAACGGAUCAAUUGAAGAAACGUACUGUUUAA